AGCUUGCUUAAGUUUUUUCUCAUUCGAAGUCUCAGUUAGUCAAUUCCAUGUGCAUCAUAAAAUAAACACCUUUUGUUUCUUUUAAAUUAUUUUUCUAAUAUAAACUAUAAAUACCAAAACCCUAAACACAAAGUGAUUUACCCUAGACCCAAAGGGAACAUUGUAACCACUACUGUAAGGAUUCUAUUAAGCCUAAAAUUCACUGUAAAUAGGCCGCUCUAAUUUUACCAAAAUUUAAUUUAUUUUUCUAAAGUUGCACUUAAAAGAUGAACUUUGAAGUGCAAAAUGUGGGUUGUUGCAGGAGGAUAUUCCAAAGAUGAACUUAUUUCGUAUAAUUUGUUAGUAAAACUUAACAUGUUCAUGUUCUCAAAAUUUAACGUGUCCGCAAUUCACAACAGUAUAUUGUGUUAUAAACUCAAACUGAUACAAUAAAUGUAAUAUAAUACAAAUAAAACAUCUUGACAUACCUUAAAAAAAAUUAUAUCUAAUAACACAUCCAAUAACAAAACCCCACUCUGCACCCGAGUUUGAAUCUUUCUCCCCUUAGAAGAAAAAUAACAAAACCCCAUAACAUGUCACCAAAUCAAUACAUCCAAAAAAUAAAAAUAUAUAGACAAAAGAUUUUUCAAAAAGAAAAGAAAAACAAAUUGAUACAUAUAUAUAUAUACAUAACAACCCGAUAAGGCUCUAGCUUAGUAAAAGAAUCUUUCGUGGAUACAUGUACAUGGGAAAAGAUCUUAUACUCUCCUAAAAGUAGGCCACUUUCCAUGCCUUUCUUUCUUUCUAAUCGCUCAAACCUUUUCCUUCACUGACUUAAGAGACUGAUCUGGAGGAAUUGGUUAGCCUAAUUAAUCAGAUUUUCCAUCAAUUAAUCUGCUGCAUCAGCAAGUUUGGUGGUCAAAUUUAACUGCCAUGGCUACUCUUAAUCUUAAGUUUGAGCCAGAUUUUGCAGGUGUUUCAACACCAUUUUCAAAUUCACCGCCAACUCAUUACAUCCUAAAAGUAGAGUCCUUUUCGUCUUUAGAGACGCAUUCAGCGGGUAGAUUUGAGUCAGGGCAGUUCGAUGCUGGAGGAUACAAAUGGAAACUGGUGGUGUACCCAAAUGGAUACAAGCAGAAGAAUGUGGACCACAUCUCUGUCUACUUAGAAAUGGCUGGAGCGGAUUCACUUGAGACUGGUUGGGAAGUAUUUGUUGAUUUUAGGUUGUUUUUACUUGAUCAGAAUAAGGGAAUCUACUUGGUUCUUCAGGAUGCUAAUCUAAACAAAAUGUGCUUGCACGGGGCGAUGUUUGAAGUGGGUUUCGAUAGAGUUAUCCCUCUGAAUGCAUUUACUGAUUCUUCCAACGGCUAUCUGAUUAAUGAUACUUGUGUGUUUGGAGCCGAGGUCUUUGUUUGUAAAGAAAGAAGAGCUGGCAAAGCAGAACGCCUAUACACGAUCAAAAGUGCUAUGUACAAGCAUCCUUGGAAGGUUUAUAUACCUUUAAAGUUCAGACCUGAACUCUUGGAAUCAAAGCCAUUCUAUGCUGGAGGACAGACAUGGAAGAUACGUCUCUAUCCCAAGGGAUAUGGCAAAGGAAAGGAUACUCAUGUUUCUCUUUACUUAACAUUGGCUAAUCCAGAACCUGCCUCCAGAAUACUUACAGAAUUUACUCUGCGCAUCGUUAAUCAAUUGAAUGCGAAGCAUUUUUGUUGUAAAGGUUGUCGAUGGUUCAGUGCCUUGAGUCCCUCUUCCGGUUGCUCUAGGUUGGUUGCAUUUGACAUUUUGAAACAGUCAGACAAGGGUUUUUUGGUGAAGAGCAAUUGCUUAGUGGAGGCAGAGGUCACUGUCCAUGGAAUUUUUGCAGCAUUGUAGUCAGCUAAAGCUUGUCCUAACAGCCACUUGCUGUUGCUGUCAAACAGAAACGUUUCUCCAAUUCAAUAUUGGCAACACAACAACAGGAGAUAAUGAUCCUUAUUUGAAGUUGUUUUCUGGUGCUUCUUUAAACAACACACUUUGGUGUUAGUUUCUAUUUGCAAAUUAGAAUUUUAUCAUUUGUAUAUCAACAUUUUGAGCUUUGCUAAGCAAGUCGGAAGGAGAGUCUCU